UAACCGGAAGCGGAAGGCCAGAAUACGUUAGGUAGGCACUUUUUGUGAUCAGUAGCCAUGCGCGGCUGGGAGGCACCAGGGCAUCGCCCCACAGCGACCCCGUGCGGGUGCGUCAAGCCAUCACUGGAGACAGGGAAUCUUUUAACUGAGCCGAUUGGCUACUUGGAAUCCUGUUUCUCAGCCAAGAAUGGUACUCCAAGGCAGCCAUCCAUUUGUAGCCAUUCAAGGGCUUGUUUGAGAAUUAGAAAGAGCAUCUUUAAUAAUCCUGAACAUUCCUUGAUGGGUUUAGAACAGUUUUCUCAUGUUUGGAUCUUGUUUGUUUUUCACAAAAAUGGUCAUUUGAGCUGUAAGGCAAAAGUGCAGCCUCCUCGGCUGAACGGCACGAAGACUGGCGUUUUCUCCACCAGGAGCCCACAUCGUCCCAAUGCCAUAGGGCUGACCCUGGCCAAGCUGGAAAGAGUGGACGGUGGAGCUAUAUACCUUUCUGGAAUUGACAUGAUUCACGGCACACCUGUACUGGACAUAAAGCCCUACAUAGCUGAUUAUGACUUGCCACAAAAUUUGAUGGAGCCUUUAGGGGAGUGUGAUCUACAGAAUAAACAGUAUACACCAAAAGCCAUGUCCUGGUCUGAUGGCAAGACUGACGGCUGCGCCCAGCAGCAGGUCUCAGGGCGAGAUGCACCGCAGCCCCGCGGCCGCACUGAGGAGAAACCUGCGUGUGCCGAAGACAGAACUUCAGGAGAACACGGCCUGCAGCGCAGUGACGCGGCCACAGUCCAGCGGAGCUCACCUGAGCACAGGGAGGUAGCUGCACACUCGGGUUUCGAGUCCGGAAGUGGCCAGAGACUGAGUGUGGCAGAGGAGCAGAUUGGCUCAUGUCACCUGGAGAGGAGCUUUUCAGAGGGCACAGAUGAGAGGCCGCGGAGAGGGAAAGGAGUAGUGGUCCCGCAGGAGAACAGCGCGGAGGUGCAGCCGGCGGCUCCUCACUGCCCUUCCACGAUGGCAGACGCAGCCCACCGCAGUGUGGUUCCCGCCUGGGUGCGAGAGGCCCCUGUGGCCACCUUGGGUGUCCGGUUUACUCCUCAUGCAGAGAUGGACCUCGAACACCUCGGUUCCAAAGGUAAACCAGACAUUGGUCAGGCCUCCUUUAAGUAUUUUCAGUCAGUAGAGGAAGCAAGAGGUGCCAUCGAGGCCGUGUUGUCAGCUGACCCUCGGUCUACGUAUCGACGGAAGCUCUGCCAGGACCGCCUUUUCUACUUUACCGUAGACACGGCCCACGUCACGUGCUGGUUUGGUGAUGGCUUUGCAGAGGUUCUAAGGAUCAAGCCGGUUUCUGAGCCUGUUCACAUGACUGACCCUGGGGAGUCCUUGGUGUCCCUGGGAUCCUGAGUAGCUUCCAUCACAUCUUUAAGGUCGCCUGUUUGACUUUGGUUGUGACUGGUGGAUUUUUUUGUACAAGCUAAUGAUGUGCCUUCUUUGUAGCAAAAGCGACACUUUGUGGUCUCACUGUUUUGAUUGAUUUAAGUUGUUCAUAAUAUUUAUUUGAAAAACAUGUACAUAUUUUAAUAAACCUAUAGAUAAAAUUUAAAGAAAUUGCCGUGUGCUUCUUGACUGGUUAUUAUUGAAGAAUCCAAAGGUGAUGCUGUCUCACUGAUGUCUGGAAGAAGCUGAUUGUUCUUGGCACACAAUGAAGUUGGGCGGAGACCAUUUUAACAGGGACUUUCAAGCUGAGGGGACUUGUUCAACUGUUCAUACUGGGUUCCUGUUCGGAAAAGCCUGACCUCUCUAGUUGAUUCUAAAUCAGGCUGAGUUACUAUGUCUUAAGAAACAAAGAAAUCAAAAACAAGUAGUUAUAAAGCUCUGUAGAGAUUGAACCCCUGUGCUUCAGAGACUAUCACACACACACACACACACACACACACACACGUGUACAUAUAUAUUUAAUCCUGAUUCCAGAAUAGAGACUCAUAUUUCUUUGUAU